UCAGAACUCAACUCCUUUAUUAUUCCUGAAUUGCGUCUCAGAAACACGCAGUCGCAGACAUGGCGAUGCAGACCGGUGUCGCUGCCUCCAAAGUUCUCGUAUUGGUCGGCGCAGGCUUGACUGGGUCAAUAGUAUUAAGGAGUGGACGAUUGUCUGAUUUAAUUUCACAGCUUCAGGAGUUGAUUAAAGGUGUAAAUGAGGCCGAAACAUCACCUGGGAAAUAUGAUGCUGCUCUUCUAGCUGCUCAGAUUCGACAGUUGGCACAAGAGAUUAGGCAGAUAAGUAUCACAAGUCCAGCAACCAUCUUCAACAGUGGUUCUUCCGAUAGGAGUUAUGCUUCUUACCUUCUUCCGGCUGCUGCAAUUGGAGCAGUGGGAUAUUGUUACAUGAAGUGGAAGGGUUGGUCAUUCUCAGAUGUUAUGUUUGUUACAAAGAGUAAUAUGGCAAAUGCUGUUGCUUCUGUCUCAAAGCAGUUAGAGAAUGUAUCUGAUGCAUUGGCUUCUACAAAGAGGCAUCUGUCAAAAAGGCUUGAAAACUUGGAUUGGAAGCUGGAUGAGCAGAAGGAGAUGUCAACGCUUAUUGCAAAUGAUGUAAAGGAAGUAAAGUCAAAUCUAAAUCAAAUUGGAUACGACAUUGACUUAAUUCAUCAGAUGGUGUCUGGAUUGGAAGGCAAAAUUGAACUUCUUGAGAAUAACCAGGAUAUCACUAAUUCUGGUGUGUGGUAUUUGUGCCAAGUGGCUGGGGAGAUUGAAAGUGGUCAGAAUGCUAAGCUUAUUGAGGAUGUUGGUGCUAAGUUAAUACAGCAUUCAAAAUUGUUACCUAUAGAAAAUUCAGUAAAGGGGCUUCAGUUCAUUGUUGAAUCUGAUGAAUCAAGUGCAAACCAAGAUGCAGACGUAAAUGCAAGUAAAAUAGCUGAUUCUCCCCAAGUCGGUGCUAAUCCUCCCAAAAUUGUUACAGCUAACAAAACCAAGAUUCACAGGUCCUAUCGGGUUGGGUUGGGUUGUCUUUGACUACAAGUAUGUUGGGUGCCGAUAAUUGUCAAGAUUACACACUAUUAUUUUGCCCUGGAUGUGCAUGAUCAGCGUUGGCUCAAUUUUUUUGUAAUGAUAUCCUCAAUUUUUUGAGGUUUGAAUGGCCUGUUGAUGUGUAAUACGUAAUUCGUGCAGGCUGAAUUGUAAUAUUUCCUCUCACAUAGAAAAAUACCGUUUAUUGUUACAUUAGAGUAUUAUUGUUUUUUGUUUU